AUGACGAAUUCUAACGAGGUAGAGAAUCACAGAAACAGCGUCGGCGUCGCCACAAAACAAACGAAGAAGAUCAACAGAGAGGAGAAAGGCAAGUCCUCCUCGAUUUCCUCGUUCGUGUGCGAAAUCUGCAUUGUCACUAAAACCGAAGCGGAAUCUUUCACCAUAAGUGGUUGCACACACUCGUAUUGUACGGAUUGCGUGGUGAAGUACGUUUGUUCUAAGCUCGACGACAACGUGAUCAAUAUCCGGUGUCCGAUGCCGCGGUGCCGUGGUCUAUUGGAAACCAAUGGUUGCCGCGAGAUUCUGCCAAAGUCGGUAUUGCAUCGGUGGGAGAAGUCAUUGCGUGAAGCUGCUGUUCUUGAGAGCGAGAGCAAGAGAUUCCUGUAUUCCCGCCCUAGGCAGAUGUGCGUCACGUGCACGGAUGAAGAUAGAGUGAUGAUGAAGUUAGCGGAGAGGAACGGGUGGAAGAGGUGCCCAAAGUGCAGGUUCUACGUUGAGAAGGAUCCUUUGACGUGCAAUAAAAUACUUUGCAGGUGUGGUGAAGUCUUCUGCUACGGCUGUGGCAGUUCCACCUGUGUCACUACUGGAUUCGGCCAUCCCUGCCGUCCCGCCUGCCGUCUUCCAUCAUGGGCUAUUGGUCUGUCAAUUCUAUUUGGAUUUAUCAUUCUUUUCCUAUGUUUGGAUGAAAACCAUCGAUGA